AUGAAUGUGCAGGACCCAACAUACCAGGGGUACAUUGUGGAUUGCGGCGCAGCCUUGCAUCUUUCAAUCAAUAAGCCCAUGUGCCGCUAUGCAAGGGGCUUACGUAUGGGCCCAUCCCAUGCUUCGUCGCUUUCUUGUACUUGUGUCGGCUCUCCCCGGCCCUCGCAACACCUCCACUCGCUUUCUCCGCAUCCACCCUCCCGCCAGUACACCUUCAACCUGGAACGAUCCGUCCACUUUCCCGUGUGGACAGAACCAGUGAAAAUGGGCCUUGGGGGAAAAAUUCGAAAAUGGACCUGCAACAUCGCUCUCUCGCCCAAAGACACUCAUUUCUCGACAUCAACACUGAUCAUGCAGUACCCUUCACAACACAUGCAAUCGGAAGAAGACCUCAUACCUACUGCCACGCAAAGCCAACCACCUCGACUACGUUGUGCAGCGCCCUCUGUCUUUACGCCCUCUGAAAUCGCACUACACAGACCCACAAGCCGGACUGUAUGCCAUUCGCCGCUGGACAAGCGAAGCAGGAGAAAGAACGGUACAAGUCAAAGGGACAGUGUACCUACACUGAACAAGAAGAACCAUGCUGGCUGCAUUAGUGGAGAUGUAUAG